AUGUCCUCCUCCGACGGACGACCGGAGCUGGUUUCCGGCCAACGAUGGGAGGCGCGCGCCAGGGUCGAUUUCCCCUUGCACUAUCUGAUAUGGUUGCGUGAACACAAACUGCUGGAAGAGAAGCUGGAAGCAACCGGUUCCGGUCAACAGCCCGCCGUCAAGAAUCAACUAGAAAAACUAGAUCCCAGAGGUCGCACUCCUUUGAUGUUAGCUAUUACGUUAGGUGACAUAGAAUCAACCAGGUUAUUAAUAACCAGAGGAGCUAAUGUCAAUGUAAAGAACGACGAAGGAUGGACUGCUUUACAAGAAGCAAUUGCUACAGGCGAUCCAGAAAUGGUCAAGCUUGUUAUGGAACACAGAGAUUAUCAACGUCAUUCAGAUCGAGCCACUGACGUUUCAAAACUGUUAAAGCUACUUGAAGAAUCGCCUGAUUUUUAUGUAGAAAUGAAAUGGGAAUUCAUUAGUUGGGUUCCAUUAGUAUCAAGAAUGUGCCCAAGUGAUACAUACAAAAUAUUUAAACAGGGAUCUAAUGUGCGAAUCGAUACCACAUUAUUGGGUUUUGACCAGGGUAAUUGGGAACGUGGAAAUUUGAGUUACAUAUUUUUGGGUCAAAGUAAAUCAGCUACAUUUUUAGAAGUAGAUCAUGAAGCACACAGGGUAUAUGUAGAAGAAAUACAAAUGAUACCUUUAGAUCAAGGUAUUGAAGUGAUGCGUCCAUCCGAUGAUACUAUAGCCAGCAGAUUGUCUGCUCCUAUUGUUAGUUUUGAUAUAGAUACUAAAAAAAUUAGUUUUGAAAGGAAUAAAAGUGGUAUUUGGGGUUGGCGGCAAGAUAAAUCAGAAAUAAUUAAUGAUUAUAAUUGUAAAGUAUUUAAUGCAAGUAAUGUGGAAUUUGUUACCAAAUCGAGAACAGAACAUAUGAAUGAAACUGAAAAAGCAAAAUUAAAUAAUACAAAAAAUCCCAUCCAGUCAAUUUUAGGCUCAAGUGAAGAAACAUGUCCAGUUAAAUCAGAACUUGAAGUUACUAUGGCUGAAUAUUUUGACGAAUUGGUUGAUAUCAAAGGAAGAUAUAUACGGAAGCCAAUUGAGCAAACUACAAAAGUCACAAAAAUCAAGGCUAAUUUAUGGCUUAGUGAAGAUUAUCCACUUAGUUUGAAAGAACAGAUUAUGCCAAUUGUAGAUUUAAUGGCAAUUACAAGUUCUCAUUUUGCCAAACUAAAGGAUUUCAUUGAAAUGCAGCUACCUUCAGGAUUUCCAGUUAAAAUUGAAAUACCACUGUACCAUAUUUCUAAUGCCCAAAUCACAUUUGGUAACUUAUUUGGGACGGAUAAAGCUAUAGAAGGUGUUCAAACAUUGGAAAACAAUGGAAAAAUAUUCUGUGUAGUUGAAGAUUCUGUAUUUUUCCCUCCCAGAAGUUAUGUAGUCCUUGGUGCUGAACAAAGACGACAAAUUGGUAUGGACAAUGAUGAAGAAUUACUUCAAUUUGCUGUUCGACAAAGUCUUUUAGAAACUGGAGCUGAAGAAGAUCAAGUUGAUAUUUGGGAAGCUUUACAAGUUCAACGACCAAAUACUCCCAAUGACCUCUAUUUUGAUCCAGCUGAUGAAGAAUUACAAAGAGCAAUCCAUGCAAGUUUGACCGAGUGUACAUUUGUGCCUGCGGUUUCACAAUCAGAAGCACCAGACUUAGUUGAAAAUUCAACUGCCGAUGAUGCAGAUGCUGAUCUUAAAGCAGUAUUGAGGUUGUCUAUUGAAGAAAAAAGGCAGGCUGAACUACAGGCACGUAUGGAAGAAGAAAUGUUAGAAAAAAUAUUACAACUCUCUUUGACCGAAAAAUAA